UCCAGCUUGCCAGAUGUGCCCAAAAUGACGCUGAGAAUUUCGCUGGGCAACAGCUCGACGCUGUCGGGCAAGACCACCGACUCGGAGUUCACGGAGGGGCCGACGCCGCGGCACUCGCUGCUGUCGGGCCGCUUCAAGCAGAGCUUCGCGUAUCUGUCGCUGCGCACGCGGAUGCCCGGGAUCAUGCAGCAGAUAAUCCUGCGGCUGCUGGAGGAAGGACCGGAGCUGGAGGCGAAGUUCGGCGCGGAGGUGCACAAGGAGAUUCAACAUGUGAUCGAUGCCAUUGAGCGGCUGAAGCUGGAGCUGCAGCGCGAUCGCCAGUUCCUGCUCUUCCACGGCAACGAGCCGGACAAGGCCGCGUGGAAUGCGUUCCUCACGGAGCUGCCGCGGCACAAGCGGACGUACUUCCGGGCCUGCUGGCUGCACUCCGAGUGCUACCUGUACCGGCGCAUCCACUCCUUCUUCGAGAGCACCAGGCACCUGGGGGACUUUGACUACUUUGCGCACCUGAAGCAGGACGAUCUGAAGAUCAGCGAGCGGGCCAUGCACGCGCUGGCCACGGCCACCAGGAGUCUGUCGAAGGACUUUGAGUCCUUCAGCAAGCUGAUGCGCAUCAACCUGUGGAGCAACCACUACGAGAUCCAGCUGAAUGCCUACGUGUUCCAGGAGGACGAGCAGCACUCCGACUUGGAGGUGCUCUCCAGGGUCGCGGAUCUCGACCGGAACCUGCUGGUGGACGACUCCACGCUCGUGUGGAACUGCCUGAUGAAGGCGAAGGACAGGCGCGAGAUUGUCGUGGACUUCGUCUGCGACAACGGGGGCUUCGAGUUCUUCACGGACAUGCUGCUCAUGGAGUACCUCGUGGAGCACGGCAUGGCCACCCAGGUGCGACUGCACGUCAAGGCCAUUCCCUGGUACAUUUCGGAUGUGAACAGCGCGGACAUCGAGUGGACCAUCAACUACCUCAUCGGCCACUCCGACGAGCUGCUCUCCGCGCUGGGCCACAAGUGGGCGCGCCUCAUGAACGCGGGCAAGAUCGUGGUCGCGCCCAAGUCCCACUUCUGGACGGGGCCGCAGCCGUACUUUGUGAUGGUGGACUCCGAUCUGGAGCUGUACAAGGUGCUGUCCGGCGGCAGCCUGGCCAUCUUCAAGGGAGACCUCAACUACCGCAAGCUCAUGGGCGACUACAUCUGGGACUCCACCGAGGAGUUCAUCACGUGUCUGCGCGGCUUCCGGCCUUGCAACAUCUGCGCCAUGCGGACAGUCAAGUGCGAGGUGGUCUGCGGCCUGCCGGAGGGCAAGUCGGACGAUCUGCUGAGAAGCGAUCCGCAGUGGAUGAUAUCCGGCAACUAUGGUGUGAUCCAGUACACGGACAGCCUCAAGUGCCCCUGCUACCAGGUGGGCAGACUCUCGGGCCUCUCGCACCUACCCAGCCACCACAACUUCAGGCUGGACGACAAGGAGUCCGAUCAGAGCCAGCACAAGCGAAUGCGCCACAGUCGCAAGACCUAGGACCUGCCUCCUCGGCAGUGACACUUACAGAUGUCUGGCCGUGGGCCCACCGACUGCCCAAUCAGCCGCUCAAAUUUCUUUAUUAAAUUCGCAGCUGGCACUGGAAGCUCCUCCAUGUCUCAAUUUGCGCUUUUCCCAUCACUGCCCGCCGGCGUAGAAAACUUCGCAUGGAUAAAUGGUGGCAGAUUUGUCAGCGCCCGCUGCUAGUUAGCUGGACACCAGA